AGAAAGCACAUUUAAAAGUUGCAUUGAUAGUGAAUAUGAGCCCUUCAUGUUCAACAGACUAUGUUUAUGGAGUGUUAUGAAUUGUAAUAGUACAUGUACAAUGAUAGAGAUGAACUGAGGUGUAGGAUGUUGUCACUGUUCUAUGGAGAGAGAAUUGAAAAGGAUACAGGAAACUGAUAAGACAGUGUACUUGGUUUGUUUGUCCUUGUGUAGAUUUAUAGCCUGGUGGAACCAGCUCUCCCUAUCGCCAAUUCACCAUAGGGCACAGUUCACCUAUUGACCUCAUCCUGAUGCUGCUAUUGAUCCCUUCAGUGGGUAUAAGUGUAUAGCUGUUGUCAAUUAACUAAAUGGUGAAUCAGGUAGGGCUGAAUUUACCUGACACAUGUCAGAACUGUUGGUGAUAAAUGGCGUACAUGAGAAGUUUUUGUUUGGCUGCAUUUGUGGUGCUGAUUGGACAGACUACAGCUGAAUCAACAUUGGAAGUAGUUGAAGCUGUGGAGAUAACUUAUGGUGUUGCUGCUUCCAGACAAGUGAAUGCAAAGGAGGGAGAAAAUCUGACCUUGACCUGCAAGAGUGACCUUGAAUCAGUGACAUUGGAAUAUUCCACAGUUACUUAUAACAACACGGAAAGUAACAAUGGGACCUUCACUGUGUCAUUAACGAAAAUUGCAACGAAAAGUGAUGACGGACAGAUUGUGAAAUGUAAAGCUACCAAUGCGACAGGCUACAAUUUGGAAGCCACAGCUACCAUACGUCUUGCAGCUGAUGUGAUCAACGUGACUCUGGAUGGAAUUGGAACUGUGGAAGAAAAUGACAAGGUCACUAUUAGGUGUACUGUAAGAGGAACUCGCUACAAGCCUACGUUUGUAAGACUUUUCAAUUUUCCAGCGCCUAAUCCAAGUUUAUCUAGCAUCAUCAACAAUGCGUCCUUACACACAACAACAGAAGAGUAUGAUAACGUUACAGAAACUUACACUACAAUUGUGGAGGCCCCACCCAUUACCAUUGAAGGAGGAAUGAAUGGCAAUUCCAUAUUUUGCUUUGGUGUUGUAAACUCGACAAAUUUUUACCAAGGACAGAGGUUUACCGUUUUCUAUGGACCAAGUGAAGAUGGGGUGUCCCUCUAUGCCCAACCAACAACAGAGACGGAAGGACGGAAAUGGACGUGGGUUUGUUACGGUGGAUUUUCUAAUCCCCCAUUAAACUUCACCUGGUACAAUGGCACCACAGAGUUCACUCCAGAUACACCACCUAUAAUAGAAUUAAAUGGAAACAGCUACUACUCCAGGCAGCAGUGGAAAUUCACAUUUCACCGCGACUUCUCGGGGAAUAACAUCAGCUGUGUUGUUAGUGGCACCAACAACAGGACUGUCACCAGAAGCAACAAGUUUGGAGACAUCAAGUAUGACCCAGAUUUAGUGAUAAGGGGGAAGUCGAUGGUGGAUGAGGGAGACACAUUGAAUUUGACCUGUCAGGUGACUGCAGCCAACCCAAUGGCCAAUGCAUCAUGGAGUGGAGGAGUGGGUGAGCUCCUGGUGAUAUCUAACAUUAAGAGUAAUCAGAACGGAAUGCAAUACACAUGCAGUGCUACGAAUUCUGUAGGCAGAUCCUACCUCGAAGUCCGCAUCAAUGUUCAGUAUGGACCAAAUCUGUAUGUUACUCCUACACUGUCCUAUGAAGAGGGGGCAAACAUCACAAUUACUGGCUCAGUGUCCGCCAACCCUGCCGCCAAUGUGACCUGGAGGAAAGAAGGAAAUGGCACUGUUCUGUCGACAGACCGAGUUUUGGUUUUGAAGGAGAUCAGCAGAGAACAGGCGGGGGUAUAUGUGUUGGAAGCCACUAGUAUGAGACAGAGAGAGGGCAGUGCUGCAGAGGAAGUGACAAGAAAUGUGACGACCAAAUUAGAAGUCAAGUAUGGACCUGGAUCCUCAUCUCGUCUCAGUCCCAAUGUGACACUGCUGGAAGUGGACGCGGGGGAUCCUGUUCCUCCUAUAAGCUGUUCUGCAGACUGUGUUCCGGCCUGUGACUUUAGUUGGAAGCAGACAUACAGAAACACAGAGCGAACGAGAUCUGGACACCUCCUGAACCUCGGAAAUGCCACGUCAGCAGUCGUCGGAAUUCACACCUGCAAGGCCUCGAACUACAUUUCCGGGAAGCAGUAUUCCGGAUCUGUGACGUUUGAAUUACGUGUGAAAUAUGCACCAGAAAGCCAGUCUCUUUCUAUAAACGGUCACACAGGGAACCCGUUCUCUGAGGGGAACCCCAUCACUGUGACCACUAAAUUCAGAGCCUAUCCCGUUGCCGAGGUUACAUGGGGCAUAAAAAAUAAUCGAUUCACCAACCAGUUUAUGCCAUUAGACUCCCGAUACAACACCAAUCGAUCGGUGGACUGUUCUUAUGACUGUGACAUCACAGAAGUCCUCUCGCUACAGAGUCCCCUGUGUACAGACACCGGAAAUAUGUUCUCAGUGUAUGCUGGGAAUGAAGUUGGGAAUUCCACGAUAGAAACCACACGCAAUACCAUCACCGUGUCGUGUACACCUCGUCUGGCAAACAGCAGCUUGACAAAUCAAACCUACAGCACAUGUGAGGGGGCACAGCUGAAUAUGUCCGCCUCAUUUAUAUCAGUACCGGGGAUCACCAUGACUUGGUUCCGACUGCCGGAUACCUCCCGAUACGUCCACUACAACCAAUAUAAUGACUACAGAACUGUUUAUUACACCACGAACUACCACAUACAGGACGUCUACAGGUAUAUGUUUGGGAGCUACAUAGUGGAGGGGAACAACUACAGAGGACCAAAGGCCAUAGCCUAUAUUGAAGUUAUCAGGGAUUCUAACUGCUCAGGUUCAGCUCCUAACACAAUAGACACUACCACCAUAGACAGCACAAGCUUACCAGUGAGAAGAAAUUCAGCCUCCCCUCAGAAGUCUGACCAGGGGGGAGUGAUAGCAGGGGCUGUUAUAGGGUCUCUUCUGGUGGUUGCCCUUGUGGUGGUAGGUACCAUAGUAUAUUUGAGGCAUCGGAAAAAGCUGAAAGGAAAUAUGAAGUUUGAGCAGUUUAACCUUCAGUAUGCCCAGAACUCGUGACAGGAGAAAUUUACGGUCGCUUGAAGAUAUUUUCUUUGACCGCCAUAAGAAAGGACCUUUUUUUAAAUGUAUACAACCAUAUCAUUCCUUGUAGGUCACUGAUAUUUAUUUCUUUUCACCUCAGUGAUUUUAGUUAUACCUGUUAGACUGUAGUAUGUAAUUUUAUUUUAGAAUAUUCCAGAUUAAUUGGGUCAAUUAUAGAUUUUAGACUACCGUAUUAAUAGUGCAUGUUGAUUAUUUAGUUCUGGGGUUGUUGUUAUACAAUUGUGCAAUGGGAAGUAUGGAAUUUACUUUUACUCUUUCCUUCUUACCUUUCUGGGAAAUCCAGUGUUUGAAACAUAUCAUUAAUGAGUUUUACAAUUUCUAUGUAUCAUUUUGUACUAGAAUCAUGUCAUCCCUCCAUUCAUAGACAGGUUGAUCUUGGGUUAAGGGAUUUCCUUAAGUGAUUUCCCAUUUCACUGAAAGUCGACAGAUUUUGUGUAGAGACUUACUGUGGGAUGAGGAUGACCUCUUGAUUUUUUAACAUAAGGUCAAAGGUCGAACAAAUGACCAAUGCUGUAGGAAAAGGGUAUAUCCUCACAUGUAAACUCAUUUUAAAAUGAGGAAGGCCUAUCAGCGUUGAGGUCAAAAGUCAGGUAAACUGGAAUUGGAGGUAAAAAAUGGCUUUGGAUCACAGUUAUUCCCCUUUCACCUGGAUUCACAAGGAGGCAUGACACAUCUUCCAUGACUUCUUGGAUUCGGUCCUAUUUCAGUUGUUUAUUUUUUACCUGGAGUUGUAAAACUUCACAUUUUCCAUAAAAUGAGCAACUUUCAUGUUGAUUUUGCUGUCCGUAGGUCAAGCUCAUGCCCCAUGAUGUAUAAAAUGCGGUUAACUCCCUUUAUAUAUAUAAAUGUGGUUAACUCCCUGAUAUAUAAAUGCGGUUCCCAGACUUUUAAUUAACUCCCUUUCUAGCUGGAGUACCAACAUAGACUGCCUGAAUUGAAAGGUUAAAGGUUAAACUCUUGGAAAAAAUAUGUAGAAAAAUUGUUUCUGAGCUUGUAAUUAAAGGCCGUUUACAUCAAGAAUCUACAAAAUUCAUGUAUAGAAUCUCGCAUGUGAUCAGGAUGUAAUCUAUUGAAGUUCAGGUCAACGAUCAAGCUUAGAGGGCUAUGAUAUAGGAACAUGGUCUCUGGACUUGAAUUCUCUUUACACCUACAGCUGUGAAACUAGGGAGAGUCCAGGUGAAAGAUUGUGAUCUUCAGCUAUGCAAUUUAUGUUUUUAUAUACAUUGAAUGUCGCAGGCUGAUGUAUGUAGUCUAAUCAGGACAUUUUUUACUACAUUUAUCUGUACGCAAGUUUUCUUGCCAUCGUCUUUUAUUAGAGAAUUUUGAAACGGGUAAAUUUUGAAUGAAGUUGAAUGUGUAACUGGGUUAGAAUAAGAUGUGUGACAGAAUAUAUUGCAAUACACAGGUGAUCGUUGAUCAGUUAAAAAAAACCUCGGAGAUAGCAACCAGGGAAUUAGAAACCUUGGGAUCUUAAUCAGGAAAAUUUAAGCCCUCGUGAAUCACAUCCUUAUUUUAACGAUAUUGAAACCUAUACAAAAUAUUUUGCACAUUUCUGUGACAUCCAUUUGUAGUAUUGACAUAUUCACUGUCUGUAAUUGUGAGUAGUUUACUGGUAUUUAGUAUUGACAUAUUCACUGUCUGUAAUUGUGAGUAGUUUACUGGUAUUUAGGUCCGAUUUUUGUCAGUGCUUAGUUUGUUUAAAAUGUUUACGGAAUGCUACAUGUAGCUACUACAAUUUAUAAUAUGGUGCUAUAGGACUGUUAAAACUUAUCUGUCCAAGUCCAGUUUGUAUUUAGUUUAUUCCAUUUACUACAAUAUCAUGACAAUUUCUAUAUUCAAGCUUGCAUGAAAAUUGUCUUUAUGAUAGAAUAAUCCAACAAAUGUUACAUAUACAAAUUAAGGAUUUCUUCAUAUUUUUAUAAAUUUCUUUGAUGCAAAGACACUGGCUAUGCAAAACAUGUAGUUGUAAAAUAUGUUGCACAUAUUAGAAUACAUGCUUACUGUCUUAACAUAUAAGUGAGAUGUGGGGAAAGCUAAGAGGGUGAGGCUUGCAACCCAAUAUCAAUAUUUUAAGGCAGUUCCUAUGUAUUUUGUUUAUCCUGCAGCACAAUAUCAAAUAGAGAUUUACCAAAAAUUGCUUAUCUUAUAUAGAAGCAUAUCCUUGGUGGUUGCAUCUCUGACGUCACGAUGUCAGUUUCAGAAAGCUUGAGUCCGUCGCACUAAAAUACACUAUAUUUCGUCAUCAAUCGAUCACUUUGGUUUAUCUUUAUUGGGAGUUGCAGGAUAGAUAUAUGUUAUUCUUUGUAUGUAUUGUGUUUACAUAUUGCAUGACUGAUUGGGUCAAUAUGUUGAAUUAUUGUUUUGUAUGCAUAUGAAUUCGUGAUAUAUAUACUGUCAUAUUUACACAGAUUCUUUGUAUUUUUAUACAGUGUUUAUUAAAUUGGAUUUUAUACAUUA